AGGCAGCUUCUCAAAUCCGAGCCACAAAUAUUUCUCCUCUUCAAAAGAAACUUGGGCCUUUUAAAAAAGCCUUUAUUAUUCCCUCGUGGGACCCAGCACUUCUCCAGAGCUAAUUGGGAACUGGAUAGAAUGGGUAAAAAGGAUACCAAGAAGAAGAAGGAAAAAGAUGUUCCUCUUGUGAUUGUGAAUGAUGCGAACAAAGAGAAGGAUUUUCAGGAUGAAGAUGAUGCAGAAGAAAAAGUAGAAGAAAAGCCGCAAGAAAUCAAAAAACAAGGCACCAAACAAGAGCAGCUAUGCUCUGCGGCCUAUACUGGCGAUAAAGAAGGAGUAGAGAAACUACUUGAUAAAGGAGUUGACAUCAACUACCGUGAUGAGUAUGGCAAAUCACCUCUUCACCAUGCCACCUCGGGCAAGCAUCACAAUAUUGUUGAGUUGUUACUUGGUCGAGGCGCUGACGUCACUCUUCAAGACCAACGUGGUGAUACACCUUUGCACGCUGCCGUGAGAGCUGGUGACGAGCCUUCUGUCAAGUGUUUACUUACCCAAGAACGAUGUAACGUCAGUGCUGAAGGAAGAGGACUGUGUUCGCCUUUGCAUAUUGCUUGUGGUAUGGACAGACUUGCCAUUAGCAAAGUGUUGGUUGAACACAACGCAUCGAUAGAUUGUAAGGAUGAGGACCAAAUGACACCGUUGGGUCACGCGGUCGAAAAAGGAGCCAAAAAUACCGCUGCUUACUUGUUUAAAAUAGUCAAAUCAAAGCUUGGUAGUGCAGAAUCGCUUCUCUACAAUGCGGACUCCGAAGGAAGCACUCUUCUCCACAUGGCUGUGGACAGCGGUAUUACCGAUAUUGUCGAAUUGUGUCUAAGCAACGGAGCAAGAGUGCGAGAACCAAAGAGAACUGACAAGACAACAGCGUUCCAUCUUGCAUGUUCUCAAGGUCCUGUGGAGAUGGUGCGCCUGCUGACGAAACAAGACCCUGCAAUCUGCCGCAUUUGUUUGAUUGACAAGGGAGGUAUGUCUGGCCUUCAUCGCGCGGCCACUAACAACCAAAGAGACAUUGUUGAAUUUCUCCUUGAUCAGGGUGCUUCAGUUGAUCUUCCAGACAAAGCACGCCGAACCCCGCUCUUUAUGGCAGCGUCAAGUGGAGCGACAGAGACUGUGGAGCUCUUGAUAAAGCGUGGCGCCAACAUUACAGCAAAGAACCUGGCAAUGAAGUCUGUACUGCAUAGUGCUGUAGGACACGAUAAUACUAUCGAUGCUAUACUCAAAAGUCCUGCAGCAUCGUAUCUCAUCUCUGAGAAAGACAAGAAUGGAUUCGCUCCAAUUCAUCAGGCAGCGAUGGGAGGACAUCUACAGAAUAUUCAUUUGUUCAUGACCAAAAACAAAGCUGCAGCAGGAAUUACAUCUGAUUCGUUGGACACACCCCUCCACGUGGCUUGCAGGUAUGGAUGGCUGGAAAUCGUAAAAGACCUUUUGGUCGGUCGUAAUGUUCGGAUGAUAAACCUGCAGAAUAAUCAAGGCAAGACUCCGCUUCAUUUUGCUGCAGGAGAAGGCCAUGAGAAAGUCGUGGAGUUACUUGUAGAAAGAGGAGCAACAGUUGAACGUGAUGAGUUAGAGCGAACCCCUUUGCACUUGGCCGCAAUCAAUGGUAGCAGCAGAUGUGUUGACUGUAUUCUUGGCAAACAUCCAGAUUGCCUUAACUUUGUGGACGAUGAUCAGAAUACAGCGCUAAACCUGGCUGCCCUUCAUGGACAUGAAGAACUGGUAGAAGACUUGCUGUCCAGGAGUAACCAGCAAAUCCUGAUGAACAACUUCAAUCAAAAUGCUUUAGAUAUUGCCAUUAGGAUGGAAAAGAAAGAUGUUGCUAUGACAAUAGCUGAUCAUGACAGAUGGAGGGAGCUUAUGAAUACAUCCUCUCCUGGAGGACUGGGGCAGAUGAAGGUGCUUCUGAUCAAAAUGCCUGACGUCGCAGAGCGUAUCCUAGACCGUUGUGUAAUCAAGGAAGGAGAUCCCAUCAAACAGGAUUAUAAGAUCACAUAUGACUUCAGUUUUAUUCAGGGGAAAAUUAACUCCAAACAAGACCCUUUGGGAGUGUUAAGGACCAUGGCAGCAAAGCGCCAUGACAAGUGUAUGGUUCAUCAGGUCAUUUUUAAGUUAAUGGACAGGAAAUGGUUGACGUAUGGUUGGAUCUCUUUGUCGAUCAUCAUUUUUCUUUAUCUUUGCUACUUAAUACCGCUGACCAUUCUUGCCGUCCACUUGAAGCAGAAUGAAGUCGUUAUGUGUCAAUUCAACGAGUCAAAUCCAAAGCUGGAACAUGACCAAAGUGAAUUGAUCUACUCACUACAAGAUAAGGCCUCACUUUACCUUCAUUACUGUGUUAUCGCCAUGACGGCUUUUCAUGCUCUGCGAGAGUUUCUCCAGAUGUAUAACAAUCGUCUGUUGUACUUCACAUCGUUAUCUAACUAUCUCGAAUGGACUGGGUACAUCUUUACAUUCCUUUACGUCAUCCCCCCGUAUGACUGCAAGUGGGGCAUCCAUCAGCGGUUUGGUGCUGUCUCUUUGUUUUUUAGUUGGACCAAUCUCAUUCUGUACUUUCGCAAGUUGUCAUUCUAUGGUCAGUAUGUUAUCAUGCUGUCAACCAUGUUUGUGACGCUGUUUAAGGUAUUGAUGCUGUUUUUCUUGUUUGUGAUGGCGUUUGGGACGACGUUCUAUCUUCUUUUGGAUAAUGUUGAUUCAUUUCUACGGCUCGAGUACUCCUUGAUGACGAUGUUCGUAAUGACACUUGGCGAGAUGAACUACGCCGAUACUUUUAUGCCGUGGAAAAACCUUCCCCACCCCACCCUGACAAACAUCUUGUUUCUCGUGUUCGCUCUGGGGAUGCCUAUUAUUCUUAUGAAUAUGUUGGUUGGUCUUGCUGUUGGUGACAUCGAUGGUAUCAUGAAAAACGCGGCAAUGGAUCGAUAUGUCACGCAGAUCGAGAUGUUGCUUGAUACAGAAGACACGUUGCCACUACGAAUCCGAAGAGGCCUGAAAUUUGACAAAGUUGAAGAAUAUCCUAACAGGAAGCUUUCUUUGAAAACGAAGAUCUAUCAUUGGAUAUUUGGUUUUACUCAUCCUGGUGAAGACGAGGUUGAAGACGAUGAAAUACAGGAUGAUCCGAUGGAGGUCAUCAAGAACAAACUGGAAGAUCAGGAAAACAGGAUUGAGCAAAUUUACGAACUGUUACAACUCCAGACACAAGCUUUAGUAAAGAUGGACAAGGAUGGUGCCUUUAACGUCGAAAGCACGCAGAAACCCCAAAAGAAAGGGUUUUUCUCGGGGUUUUCUUAAAAACCGGCUACAAGUAGCUCGCAUAUAACAUAUCUAUAUCGUGGGCCGUUGUUUGUUAUAAAAAAGCUUAGGGACGUACCGUCUACAAUUUAUGGGUUGGGGGCUAUGUUGAGUAUGAAUUUUAAAACAAUUUUUCUUUGUUAGCCUCAUGCACCAUUACAAACCUAAUAUGUUGUUAUUUUUUGCCCCCUCCCCCCCGAAUUUUACCCAUUUUAUUAUAACCCCCUACAUUUUCGACUAAUUAGCCCUCUCCCCUCCCCCCCCCAAUUCUAAAUAGCUAAACCCCACCCAUAAAUUAUGAACAUUCCCUUAGAACAGAAAAAAAUCUCCCUUUUAUUUAAAGAAAAAAUUUCUUUUUCUGAAACUGCUAAAACAAACCUGCAGCAACUGCGUGCUGUAGCAUUUAAUUUAUUGUACAUAGACAUCCAGUGUGUUAGGCAGUAUAUUUAAUCUUUAUAGACCCCUUGCAUGUGCUCAAUUUGGAGGACAAAACAAGACGAUUUCAGUCUCAUGAGAAUUGGAAACCUAUUGUUAUGUCCUCCAAAUUGAGCUGGAUUCCGACUGCAAGGGUCUACUAAAGGCGUCAUAGACAAUGUAGGCAGAAACUCAGUGUUAUAUUAAUUUAUGUCGAUAAUUAAGAUAUUUACCUGUUAGCACCUCCAAAACGUACACAGAUACUAACAAAUUAUAGAAUCUUCUUGUCUCCUUUAA